AUGAUGCCGAGCUUUGAUGUACCCAACUCCGCCGCACGGCUCACGAGCAACACCCGGCACAUUCUCUCUCGCCUCGGCUUUGGUCUUGACGCUGACGACGAGCACACCGGCAUGAUGGCAGCUAACGAUGAGGCAGAGAACGAGGCAUCAACCGAACAGCAGCAUCGCAAGGAGCAGCUUCGCGGUGGGGAAAAGCAUGUUACUACCGCCGCCGAUGAACUCGACAACGACAACGGCUUCCAGGAAGAACUGAAAAGGGUAUUCCACCUCGCGGUGCGCGCGGACAGCACAUAUGAGAGAGAGUUCAUGGGCACACUUUCGCACACGGAGAAUGAACUUCGUGGGGAUGAGUCCGUUGACGUGUCGAAGUGGAAGAAGGUCGUGUUUCUGCUCUGCUGCCGCCUCACAAACACAGUGUUCAAGAACUCUGCGCUUCUCGCUGACAAGAACCGGCUGGUCGCCGAGCUGCACCGCACUGGGCUUGAGCUGGAGGAGACGAGAAACCUCGUAUCAUCCCUUCUCGACAGUCACGUAACCGUUGAUGGUGGGCCCGGGGACUCAGCGGUGACGGUGUCGGCACCGAACGCGCCUUCGCGCGACCAGUCGAACGAGAGUUUCGUCCAGAGCGCGACGGCGGUUGACGGCGACGGCGUUGACGCGCCACACUCCGACCAUCAGCGAACCUCGUUCUACGACUCUGUCAAUUCUAGCAACGGCGACGGUCUCAACGGUGGCCCGGUGACGCUUAGCAUGGCCUCCGAACGCUGGAAGGACAACUCCUACCACCCCAAUAGCGACAACGCCGGGAGGCGGUCGAGGUUUCCAUCUGGAGCCGGUACGUUGGCCAGGCUUGCAAAGCUUCAAGGUCAGCAGCAGGGUGAGCGUGUUGAGACAAUUAUUCGUGAUGAUUUCGAAGAUGUCGCCGCGGCGGCUACAGGCAUUGCCCAAACUACCGACAGCCCAGUGGCGUCCGAACGAUCGGCUUCUAUGGUUAUCACGACGGCGUACCACACCGAGGUUUCUGUUGGCGACCCGAUCCUGCAGUGCUUUGGGAGUGGACUUGCUAGGCUUGUUUCGCCCGGUGCAAUGCCCAUCUCCGCGAAAGUAUCAGAGAUUGCGGCGGAACCGGCACCUGCGCCCCUGGGGUUGGAGAUGUCGUAUCUUCUCCCGAGUAAGGCUGAGAACGUCCCCUUGGCCGCUGCGCGAUUGGCCAUUUCCCGAUCUCCGAUCACGGUCGGGCCACGAAAAUGCUCUAGGGUUGCACAGACGAAGCGAACAUCGCCCCUCCGAAGUCACAGCACCACGGCCGACGGACGGGGAGGAACGUCAGUGGUGGGGACAGCGGUGGUACGCGCGAGGCCCCGGGCUCACUGCCAGCAGGGGCCCCAAGAGAACGCAGCACGAGCCUCAGCGGUGUCCUCAGCAGAGCGGGCGGCGGCCUUCGAGACAGAGAUAACCGACCCUCUCGCCGAAGAGAUCAAGGAAAACAUUCGCUUGAUUUCUCCGAGGCCCACGUCCCGCCGCCCCUCGACUACGUCGGCUGCAUCCCCUCUUGCCCGGGUGCUACAGGAGGCCCGCGCCCCUGUACCCCAUCCUCCUUCACCUUCUUCUUUGCUGUCGACCGCCGGAGCUGCUUUGCCUGUCGCUUCCACGUCUCCGGAACGGUACGGGGCCAGGGGAUUGCAGCGAAUCCACCAGCGGCCUCCGUGGCGGUUCGCCCGCUCGUCCACGUUUGCCGCCGCUGCCCGUUCCGCGAAUCAAAGCGCUUCCUGCCACCGGGGCCGGAGUGCUCAUCAAUCAAGGAUGGACGAAGAGUUCGUAACGGACAUCUCGGAGGAGCUGGACAGAACCAGAAAGGCAAUCCAAAGGAGCACCUCGGAGAAGAUCUCCGCGCUAAAGAAGGAGCAAGCGACGGCGGCGGUAGCAGCAAGGAAGUGUUCGGCGUCGUCAGUGCAGAGGCAUGCGACGGCAGUGGAGGGCCGCAGAAAUGCAGCGACACAGCAGUCCGCCGGGGGAGGUUCACUGCCCUUGUUCGGCUUGCAGCUCAAAGCCGGAUGCCGACCCAAGGAAACCGUUGCCAGCAAGGCCGUGAUCAAAGAAAAUGCCGGGACGAAGGCCCCCCGGAAGGGUCCUCGGUCGACGGUGGUUGGACCUGGGCGCGGAACCAAGGGGCGGCAGCGGGCUCGGGCGUGUCUCCCCCGCGAGGUACGGAUAUGA